UCUGCUGCAGAGUUGCGGAGAAAAAUGUAUCAAGUUUAUUUGCUAUCAUGCAUAUUUCUUACAAUAUUUGGCGUUUGUGUCAACGGGUGCUUGAUAACCAAUUGUCCUAGGGGAGGAAAAAGAAGUGGAAAGAUUCCUCUUAUUGAAAGAAAUAUCAAGCCGCAGUGUAUAUCAUGCGGUCCAGGACAAAUAGGUCAAUGUUUCGGACCAAACAUCUGCUGUGGCCCAUUCGGUUGCCUGAUGGGUACAUCAGAAGCAUUGGUAUGUCAGCAAGGGCUGUUCCACGAGAGAAUACCAUGCACUGCUGGGAGCGGAUCUUGCAGAAAAGGAACUGGACGAUGUGCUAUAGAUAAUAUAUGUUGUAGCCAAGAUGCUUGUCACAUAGACAAAGAAUGCGGCCCUGAAGAAAGGCUCAAACCUUUUCCAGAUACACCAGCUGGUCUAGAUUUAUACAACCUAAUCAACUACCCUUCAGAAACGUUCAGCGACAAGUAGGCCUGAAGCUUGCAUCUAACAUGUCAUCACGUGUACUUAGUUUUUUAAUAAAGCAAAUAGAC